UUAUCAUCGUGUCACAAUAAAUUAAUAAACAAAUUUAUCAAAUAGUUUUUGAAGAACCUAGUACCUACUUUAAGAAAUAUAGUUGAUAAAUAAUUAAAUAUAGAGAUACAAAAUGAAUAAAAUUUUUAAAGCCACAUCAAAUUAUUUUAACCAAAAAUUUGUAUCACAAUGUAAAAAACAAUUUAGCUCUACUAGACCUAAUUUGUUUGGAAUGGUACCAAUAGUCAUAGAACAGACCGGUCGAGGUGAAAGAGCCUAUGAUAUAUUUUCUAGACUAUUGAAAGAAAGAAUUAUUUGUAUUAUGGGGCCAAUUCAAGAUGGCAUGAGUUCAUUAGUAGUCGCGCAAUUGUUAUUUUUACAGUCUGAAAAUGGAACUAAACCUAUUCAUAUGUAUAUCAAUUCUCCUGGCGGAGUUGUAACGGCAGGAUUGGCUAUCUAUGAUACAAUGCAAUAUGUUAAACCUCCAAUAGCAACAUGGUGUGUUGGGCAAGCCUCAUCAAUGGGCUCCUUACUCUUAGCAGCUGGAACAGCAGGAAUGCGUUAUUCUUUACCAAAUUCAAGAAUCAUGAUACAUCAACCCUCUGGAGGAGCACAUGGGCAAGCCACUGAUAUUCAAAUUCAAGCUGAAGAAAUAAUUAAACUUAAAAAACAAUUGACUAAGAUUUAUGAAAAGCACACUAAGCAAAGUUUUGAACUAUUAACUGAAAAAAUGGAACGUGAUACAUUUAUGAGUCCUGAGGAAGCUAAAGCUUUAGGAUUAAUUGAUCAUGUCUUAGAACAUCCACCUACUGUUCUUGAAGAAGAAAAAAUUAAAGAAAGUCAAAAAACUGACUCGAAAUAGAAUUGUAAUUAUGUAUAUUAUUCAUUUUGUAUUUAAUCAAAAGAAAAACAAAAUUAAAAUUUUUUAAUAAAA